AUGACCAAAUCCACAAAUGUUUAUAUCCUGGGCGCAGGUAGUAUGGGAGGGCUUGUUGCCUGUGAGCUUUCCUCUUUAGCAAAUUGUCCAAAUAUCACACUAUUGUUAAGAAACCCUGCAAGAGUUGAACAUUUUAGAUCCAUUAAUAAAUCUACAAUUUAUAUCAAUAGAUUAUUCAAAGACCCAGUGGAGAAAAUCUCAAAUAAAUUCAAUUCGGCCUCAUCAAAAGAUAUCAAUGAAGAUAUUGAGAAUUUAAUCAUCACCACAAAGACUUAUCAAACCCAAAAUGCACUUAAAGAUUAUUUACCAUUUAUCAAACCAACUUCAAACAUAUUAUUAAUUCAAAAUGGAUUAGGUGUUGUUGAUGAAUUAUAUAAAGAUGUUUGGCCAAACAUUGGUGAAAGACCAAAUAUCUACCAAGGUGUUAUAUCUCAUGGUGGGUUUAUCACUUCAAAUACUGGUGAUAAUUAUGAGAUUUCUCAUGCAGGGUUUGGUGAUUUGAAAAUUGCCAAAUUCCCAAGGGAUCCAAAUUCAGCAGAGGAGGAAGAAAUUGUUAAACCAGAUUUCCUCAAACAGUUAGAAGACGCAAAAGGUUUAGCUACAAGUGUUUUGAGUUAUUCAGAUUUAUUAUUGAUCCAAUUGAAAAAAUUUGUGGUCAAUGCAUGUAUGAAUCCUGUAACAGCCAUUAUCAAUUGUGUUAAUAAAGAAUUGAAGAGUUUUGAUGAUUUAUCAAAAUUAUUCAUGGAUAUAACAAAUGAAGUGAUUGAUGUUUUCAUGGCUACAAAUCCAUUAUUAUCAAAGAAUCCAAAUGCUUCUAAAAUCCUAGAUAAACAAUCAUUAGUAGAUUAUGUUGUGUUAUGUGGUACUGUUUGGAAUGCUCAAAAUUCUUCAUCAAUGAGACAAGAUACUUUACAUUUAAGAGAUACUGAAGUUGAUUAUAUCAAUGGAUAUGUUGUUAAAGUUGCUGAGGCUAAUGGUUUAAAAGCUGAUGUAAACAAGACAAUUACAAAUCUAGUUAAAUUAAGACUUUCAGUUAAUAGAAUUAGAGAGGAAUAG